CGCGGACCCGGCGCGCCCGCCCGUCUCCCGCGCCGCGCCCUCACCACCGCCCGCUGAGGGCCCGGCGGAGUCCAGGUCGCGCUCCGGCGCAGCCAGCCAGGUCCCGGACGCCCUUUCUUUCCCUUCUCGGGCCAGGGAGCAGAACCACGAUACCCAGUGCAGCCUCGGUCCGCUCCAGAGAGGCACCUGGCAGAUUUAUCCUGGACCGGACAGCAGAAGGAAUAUUGAUGGAUGAGAAGCCGAAGGUUUUACUGGGAAAGUGAUUUGUUUUCUCCCCCACCCGUGGGUCUGUAGGGUAAGGUCCUUUCUGAUGCAGCUGAGAAAAAUGCAGACCAUCAAAAAGGAGCCAGCCCCCCUGGAUCCUCCCAGCAGCUCAGACAAGAUGAUGGUGCUGAACUCUGCCUUAGCCGAGGUGGCGGAGGACCUCGCCUCCGGUGAAGAUCUGCUCCUGAAUGAAGGGAGCGUGGGGAAGAACAAAUCCUCCGCGUGUCGGAGAAAACGGGAAUUCAUUCCCGACGAGAAGAAAGAUGCCAUGUAUUGGGAGAAAAGGAGGAAAAACAACGAAGCUGCCAAGAGGUCUCGGGAGAAGCGCCGGCUCAAUGACCUGGUUUUGGAGAACAAGCUGAUUGCCCUGGGAGAAGAGAAUGCCACUUUAAAAGCUGAGCUUCUCUCUCUCAAAUUAAAGUUUGGUUUAAUUAGCUCCACGGCGUAUGCCCAGGAAAUCCAGAAACUCAGUAAUUCCACAGCUGUGUACUUUCAGGACUACCAGACGUCCAAGGCUGCCGUGAGCUCGUUUGUGGAUGAGCACGAACCCGCAAUUGUAGCCGGGAGCUGCAUCUCCGUCAUUAAACACUCUCCUCAGAGCUCUCUGUCUGAUGUGUCUGAGGUGUCCUCUGUGGAGCACACGCAGGAAAGCCCCGCUCAGGGAGGCUGCCGGAGCCCCGAGAACAAGUUCCCAGUGAUCAAGCAGGAGCCAGUGGAGCUGGAGAGCUUUGCCAGGGAAUCCAGGGAGGAGCGGGGUGCCUAUUCCACCUCCAUCUACCAAAGUUACAUGGGCAGCUCCUUCUCUACCUACUCCCACUCCCCACCCCUCCUGCAGGUCCAUGGGUCCACCAGCAACUCCCCGAGAACCUCAGAGGCCGAUGAGGGUGUUGUGGGCAAGUCCUCGGAUGGGGAAGACGAGCAGCAGGUACCCAAGGGCCCCAUCCAUUCUCCGGUGGAGCUGCAGCGGGUGCACACCACUGUGGUGAAGGUUCCAGAAGUGAACCCUUCUGCCUUGCCCCACAAGCUCCGAAUCAAAGCCAAGGCCAUGCAGAUCAAAGUGGAGGCUUUGGACAGCGAGUUUGAAGGCAUGCAGAAACUCUCUUCCCCAGCCGAUGUCAUGGCCAAAAGACACUUUGACCUGGAGAAGCAUGGCCCCCCGGGUAUGGUCCAUUCCUCCCUCCCUCCUUUCUCAGUGCAGGUGACGAACAUUCAAGAUUGGUCCCUCAAAUCGGAACCCUGGCAUCACAAAGAACUGAACGGCAAAACUCAGAGUAGCUUCAAAACAGGCGUGGUAGCAGUCAAAGACGGUGGUUAUAAGGUUUCCGAGGCUGAGAAUUUGUAUUUGAAGCAGGGGAUGGCAAACUUAUCCACAGAGGUGGUCUCGCUCAAAAGAUUCAUAGCCACACAACCUAUCUCAGCCUCGGACUCCAGGUAAAUGACUACUGACUGAGCUGUGCAUGGAGGAGGAGGAGGAGGAGGAGGAGGAGGAGGAGGAGGAGGAGGAGGAGGAUGCUGUUGGUGCCAUGCCGAAUUUCCACUGGACCUCUGUUGUCAUUUCACUGUAGUGUGCACACAGUGUCUGUCUGGUGUCCUUGUGUGCACACGCUGAAGACUUGAUGCCCUCACUCUGCCUGGUGUAUAGUCAGAUAGCCCCCACAGAGGCUGUACAUAUCGAACGUUAUUUUUGCUCUAUUAUAAAGUGUGUAUGUUGCCAGUUUCAAUAAAGGAUUGGUGACAAACACA